ACUUCCUAAGGACCCACGUUUUCAAAUGCCAUUCCAUUACUUCGCUUUCAAGACCAGUUGACUGGCUCUUCCCCAGAUUCUUGUUAGGCGAAAAACUUGUAGUUCCUCUUAAGCAUAAAGCCAACAAACUCCCCUGUUUAUAUCUUUCUGAAGGAAACAAAAGCAGAGCAUGGAGGUUCUGAAUCUAUCUAUAAUGGAUGUGAGUGUUUGAUAAAUUUUUGUUCUUUUAUUAGAGAUGGGCAAUUGUGUCUUAGUUCAUAGAGCCCCAGAUUCAGCCUCAAGACCCAACUGUUCUAGCUCUCCUAACAAGGAAAGAGCCAUGAUUCAAACUUCUAGUCAGGAGAAUCCAGGCGAUAGCCAGAGAGCCGAGUUCUGUUUCAAGCUCCAGUCUUCAUCAAUGCCCCAGACGACUAGCAUUGGAGAACCAAGUAGCAAAGAUGAGAUGUUUUUUGAUUCUCAUCCCUGGAUAGAAUCUGACUGUGAAGAUUACUACAGCAUCAAUGAUAAUACCCCAUCUUGCAACAAGACUCCAAACUGUAAAAUCAGCUUAACAGGGACACCCCAGCUUGGAAAGUCUUGCUGUGCUGAUGUUUCGCUCAACUCCAUACACAAAAACACUCCCACUGAUGUGAAGAAACAGCUGAUUGAGCUGUUUAAAGAGAGCUUCAGUAGUGACCUCUUAAAUGACUAUCCAAAUUUACAACGUAGGCCAGAAGCCAAACCUGCCAUUUUUGAUCCCCCUACAAACCCGGCAAGACCAUAUGCAUCGACAGCGAACUUUGUUUGCUAUGGUGAAACAUGUACAAUUGCAAAUUCAAAUCCCAGGAAAAGAAAUGCUUCAAAGUCUGCAAAAUGUUGCCUCCCGAAUCUGGUCCGAAGUUUGAGCAUUGGUGAGAGGAAGAAGAUGCCAAAUCCAGCCUACAAAAAUGGUGGUGGGUGUUCGGCUGCUCUGUAGAAAGUCUGCUUAUAAUUCAACGUAAAUGGAAGUCGAUUUGCUCUUCCCUCCUUUGUAUGUGAGUAAUUUGUGGUUCUUUUCUGAUUCUACUAGAUUCAUAGAUACAAGGAAAAGAAAGAAGUUCUAUUAUCAGUUUGCCCGGAGGAUGUGUGCACUUAGUUUCUUUUGUUGUGAAUUUAAUGGGUAUUUUUUUGUGAGUUGGUUUUCAAAUUCCGUGAGGAUAGAAAUCAAUUAAGCGUAUUGUAUUAAAUGAGAAACCAAAGUAUAAAUGUUAGAAGUGGGAUAAGUAUAAUAUUAUCAAUUUCCAAGUA